AUGAAUUUGCAAUCUAUCAAGGAAGCAGCUUAAUAACUGUAUGAAUAUCAAUUUACCUCAGCAAGGAUAAACUUACCAAAUCUCCAUUAGAGUAGACGUUAUCUGAGGCAACUUCUAACGAGAAUUGGAAUACACCUACUAAAUUGCUCUAAGAAGUAGCUGAGGCUUCAUACGGAUAGUAAGAAUAUGUUUUUGAAUAUCAUUAGUACAUCUUGUGAUACAAUAAUGAAAUUCAUAUGGAAGCGUCUUGAUUCGGAUAAUAAAGAAUGGCGUCGGAUUUUGAAAGUAUGAUUCUUUUUUAAAAUACUAGACAUUAAAUAUGAUAGAGUAUUUAACAAAGAAUGGUGCACCUCGUUGUGUUGGAGAAUUUAGAGACAAUAUUUACAAGAUCAGAAGUUUCUCAGAUUUCUUUUUGGUUGAACAAGGCUCAGACAAAGGACUCUCAAGUAUAUAUAAAUGAAUAAUGAUUAGUUCGUGAUAAAACAAAACAAUUAGUUGAUUUAUUGAGCAAUGAAAAGUUGAUUGAAGAAGAAAGAGAGAGUGCUAAAAAGAUACGAGAACGUUUAGCAGGUAACAUUUAAUUUAAUAUUUUAAGCUGCUGGUGGUGUUGGAGCUAUUGGAAGCAAUACAUCUUAUUAAGGUUAUGGAAGCAGUUCAUAUGAAAGUAAUAAGCCAAAAAAUUAUGGAUAAGAAUCUAAUUCAUCAUAAUAAACAAGUUAUUGUAAGAAUUCAAUUUAUAGAAAGCAUCAAGUUAUGGUGGUUUAGAGAGUGGAGGUGGUUUAGACAAAUACAAAGGAUAAUCUAAUAAUAAUGUAAACCAUAAUAAUAAUACUACUAACACUAAUAAUUCCAAUACUCAUAAUAAUAAUGCUAGUGCAAAUAAUAAUGCUAAUAUAAGUUUUAAUGGAAUAUAAUGGACAGCUCCUUAAUAAUAAUAAGCAACUGCAGCUCCAUUUUCAGAACCUGUAAUGAAAUUAGCUAAACCUGGUGAAAAGUGGGAUGUUCCUGGACCUAAACCUUAAUAAACAUUACCAUAAUAAUAACAACAAUAAUCAUAAUAAUAAUAAUAAAAAUAACAACAAUAAACAGAUCUAUUUGACAUUUUUGAUACUCCUUAAUAGGUUCCAUAAUAAAAACCAUAAACUGCAUAACCUUUAUAACCACCUCCGUCUCAAUAAUAAAAUAACCAAAAUGAAUGGGGGUAAUUUUAAAAUGCUACUCCAAUUAGCAAUCCUAUUCCAUAAGUUUAAACUCAAUAAAAAGCUUAAACUAAUUUAUUGCCUAAUGAUAUUUUUGCACCAGCAGUAGUGUAAUAAUAGUAAACUGCUGUUACUUUUGGAUAAUAUUAGCCUCCUUAACAAAACAAUUAAUAAUAAUUUUAUUAAUAAUCUUAAUAAUUAUUAUAAUAAUAAUAACCUUAAGCAUAAUAAAGCAUAUAAAAUUUAUAUCCUAUGUAGUAGUAAUAAAAUUAAAAUCCAUCUAAUUUGUACUAAAACUAUUAAAUAAAUAAUUAUCAACAAUAAUAAUAAUAAUAAUAAUAAUAAUAAUAAUAAUAAAAUCUCAACUAUGGUAAAACAUAAGUUGGUGCAUAUUCACCAUAAGUUAAUUUAUAAGCUGUUAACAAUAGUCAACCAAAAGAAUAAUAUGAUGAAUUUAAUUUUGGUGAAUUUGUCUCUGCUACUAAACCCAAGAGCAAUAAUAAUUAAACAGAUUUAUUAGGAAUGAUUGAUUUGAAAAAAGAAAAAGAAGAAUUAGAAUAAAAAAAAUAGAUGCCAAUGGCCCCUUAAAUGAAUUAAUAGCCUUAGUUGUAUUCAUAGUAAGUUGGAUUAGAUGGAUUCUAAUUUAAUUAUUAAAACAAAACACCAGUUUAUGGAUAAUGUAUUAGUAUAUUUAAUAUAUAAUAGAUUAAUACCAAUAAAGCAGAUGAUUUAUAAUAAAC